AUGUCGUCUAUCGUCGAAAUAAUUGAGUUUAAACAGCCAGAUUAUAUAGACAAUACACUAUAUGUAUGUGGAAUGAAAGGAAGAUACGACGAAAUUCAGUUGGCGGCUAAACUCAAUGAUACUUUCUCACGAUUUGGUCUGCUGUACAAUGUACAAGUACAUGUUGGGAAACUCAUUGCAAUAAAUGAAGAAGAAGAUGACAAUGAAACUCCCAUCAAAAGUUACUAUGCCUUUGUUAAGUAUUACUCCCACAAUGCAGCAGUGCAAGCCAGACGUAUCAUGAAUGGUAGGACACUCAUGGAUCAAGCACUAUUUAUUAAAAAGUGUGAUCCUAAGAGGUCAGUUGAUCCCAAUCAGUAUUACCUUGGUUUAAAUAGAUGCCAAGAGUUAGCUAAUUAUUAUCUUGGAUUUAAUUCAUGGUCCUCUUCAAUUACAUCAGCCAAAGUAUCCGCAGGUGAAUACGAGUAUCCAGAUAAUAAGUUAGGAUCGAUCAGUUCACACGAAUUGUUCUGUUCUGAUUCAUCAUUGCAAAACAAUGGCCUGGAAAUGGCCCAGCUUGAGGGAAAACAGUAUCGUGGAAAGAAAGAACAGUAUCAGACCCGAUACCCUUAA